GCUUAGGUAUCGAUUUUACGAUCGUGUCUCUGGCGGUUAGUGUGUCCGUUUCCUUAGUUUUUAGUGGCCGUGCUCGUCGUUGUUACAUGAAGAAUAAAAUCGUGAAUGGAAUUAUUAACUAUAAAUUGUUUUAAAUUAACUCUCCGUUGACUUGUCGCGUAACUCGUCAUUAAAUCAUGACUAAGGAUAGAUUAGCAGCCCUCGUAGCGGCUCAGUCGGAUGACGAUGAAGCGCCCGACGAGGUGUCCGUUAACGUGGGCGGGCAAGAAGAUUUCAUGACAGAAUUUUUUGCGGAAGUGGAGGAUAUCCGCGAAAUGAUUGACAAUAUCCAGACGAAUGUCGAGGAAGUGAAGAAGAAGCACAGCGCCAUCCUGUCGGCGCCCCAGACCGAUGAGAAAGUCAAAAUGGAACUGGAGGAUCUCAUGGCUGACAUAAAGAAAACUGCAAACAAAGUUCGGGCAAAAUUAAAGGUGAUAGAACAGAAUAUCGAGCAGGAAGAGCAUACGAACAAAUCUUCCGCAGAUUUAAGGAUACGCAAAACUCAGCAUUCGACAUUAUCAAGGAAGUUCGUCGAAGUUAUGACAGAGUACAAUCGGACGCAAACCGAUUACAGAGAACGAUGUAAGGGAAGAAUACAACGACAGCUUGAAAUCACGGGGAGAACUACCACUAAUGAAGAGCUCGAGGAAAUGCUUGAACAGGGAAAUCCUGCAGUAUUCACGCAAGGGAUUAUAAUGGAAACGCAACAAGCCAAACAGACUCUUGCUGAUAUUGAAGCACGUCACGCUGACAUUAUAAAACUCGAAAAUUCAAUCAGGGAACUUCACGAUAUGUUUAUGGAUAUGGCAAUGUUAGUCGAGAGUCAGGGUGAAUUGGUGGACCGGAUUGAAUACUGCGUCACACAAACUGUUGACCACGUUGGUCAAGCUCACGGUCAGCUCAAGAAGGCCAAAGAAUAUCAAUCAAAGGCGCGCAAGAAAAUGAUCCUGAUAAUAGUCUGCCUGACAGUGGCGGUCAUCAUUUUAAUUGUUAUUUUGGUUGUCAAUUUGAGAUAAAUUAUUAAUAUAUCACAGAAACAGUUAAACGAUCACCAACACAAACAAAUUUUUCAGCAUUCCUGCGCCGAAAAUUUAAAUUCUCGCCCUGUUUAGCGGGAAGAAAGUCCUUUUUUUCUAUGAGAAAGCAAAUGAUAAAAAUUAACGCAUGCGCCAUUCUUCCCACAGAGGCAAAAAUUUGAAGUUUCAGGAGCAUAUUUGGUGAAAAAUAUUAUGCAGACCGGAAGAAAGUAGGACGUCCCUAUGUGCGAAUUUGCCGCCUUUAGCUCGGGUCGGCAAUUACACAUGUGGGUUGGAAUGUCCCACUUUCCUCCCUUGGUAUGUAAUAUACUAUUAUUUAUAAAAAACUAAAUUUAUUAUUUUAACCUUAGAAAAUUAUUUUUAUCUUGGUAGUUUUAUCAAACUAAAAAAGUUUUUGUUACGAAAAUUAAGAUGGGAUGACGUAAUAUUUGAGUUAAUUAUAAAUUCAAACCGCAAAGUUAUCGUCUGUAUAAUUAAUGUAUUUAAGUUUUAACAUUUCUUGUAAUAUUAAUUUUAGUCUAUUUAUAUUUCAAAAUUAACUACAAGACGUUGGUACUUGAGGCUGCGGUAUAUCUCUGUACAGUAUAACUUUAUAUUUUAUUUAAUACCUCUAACUCCAUUCAAGUCUUUCUUCUCGAGUUUAACUUGUCAUAACUGAUCAUCAUGACAAGGAAACACGCGAGGGAUCAUCAUAAUCCAUAAAAAUCUACUAUUGUAUUUUCCAUCACGAAAACUUUCAUUUCUUCUUUUAAUUUCCAUUUUUCUUUUUUUAAAAAAAAAAUUUACGCUCUUACGUCUUUAUUUUCGUGAAAACUUUUUUUAAAUAAAAGGUAAAAAAAAAUAUAUAAUGAAUCUAAAAAAUAAAUAUAGUAAAUGUUAUACGUAAGAUACACUGAUAUAUUUAUUUAUUAAAGAUAAUUUCUUCUAUAAAUUUAUUUAAAAUUGUAAAUAAAUUUAAUAAAUAUUUAAGGUAGAGGAAAAGAAAGAGAUUUUUAAAAAUCUAUAUUGUAUUGUAUAGGUACUUAUAUUAAUAAAAGUAUGAUUGCGUGAAUGAUAUUUACAUAAAUAAAAUAAAGCGAUAGAAAAAAAAAAAAAUGGGAAAUUUAAUUGAGAUAAUCCUCAAUAAGUUCACAGCUAUCGCGCAAUACUCUAUAAUAAUAAAAUAAAAAUAAAUUCAGCAUAAAAAAGUAGGAGUUAGAACACAAUAGCAAAGUAUUUACGAAAAUAAAUAAUUGAUGCGCUUGGAAAAAUAACCAUCAAUGUUAAUUUAUUAUUUAUAAUUACAAUUAUAAUGGCAAUUAAAAUGUAGAGAAAUAUUAAUCAAUUUGAAAAUAGUAAUUGAAGGAAAACUUUAUUGUGUAUUAAAUUAAGUGAUCUAAUAAUUAAUAAUAAAUAUAUUGAGAGAAUGAAUGAUAGGAAAAAUGAAAUAUGAUAAAGUAUAGACCGAAACAAUAAACGAUAAAUGAGAAAAAUGUAAUCCAAGAUCGACAAGAUAUUGUACAUAUUUUCAUUGUGUAAUGGGUCGAGGAUUUAUCUGAGUAAGUAUCGAUUUGAUAUUUAUGUUCGUUCCGUGCUGUUUUUAUUUCUUAUUAUAAUUAUCACUAUUUGUAAUAUUCUUUAAUACGACGGUUGCCUGAGCUUUAAUUUAUUUUUGCUAGCGCCGUCUUUUGUAUUUUUUAUUAUUUCAAUAUUUAUAUUUAUACUUUAUUAUAUUAUUUAUGUGUAUUAUUAUCAUUAAUUAUUAUUAAUUAUGUAUUUUGAAAUUAUUCUUCACAAUAUUACGUACAAGAUGCAUGUAUAGUUUAUUUUACUUAUUUAAAAUAUAUAUAUAAUUAUAAUAAAUAUAAGAAAUUUUUUCGUAAAAUUUAAUUCUUAGAUAAAAGACCCAAUUAUUCAAAAAAUAUUAAUUAGUGGCAUUAUUUUAUUUAACUACUUCCUGAAUAAAUAAAAAUUUAAAAUAAAUUUUUUUGAAACUUAAAAUCUGUAAAUUAAAUAAAAUAAAAAAUAAUUUUCUGUCACUUCUUAAUAUCCGGCUCAAUACUUGGGUAUUUUAUUUAAAUUUAUAUAAUUAUUUAAAAAAAUAAUUUAGCCGUUUUUUUAAAAAAAAUUUAUUGACGUACGCUGGUUUAAUUUUUUUAGAAAAUCAUAUAUUUUUCAGAUAUUGAAUAUAUAAAAUAAUAAAAGUAUACGUAAAAGCUUACAACUUUACAACACAAUCGGAUUAUAAAAUAUUCAAGAGAUUAGUCGAUAUCAGAUUAAUAUACAAAAAAUCUCAUCGUACUUUGUUUUAUAAAAAGUUAUUUUUUUUAUUAAAAAAAAAAACUGGAAUUAAUUUUAGUGGAAAAAAUAAUUUUUUGUAAAACAAUAAAAAUAAUAAUUUAUUAUUUAAAUCAACUAAGCAUUUAAUUGUAAUAAAUUUAUGUAAUUUAGUAAGCAAAAAUUUGAGCAUUUAAUAAAAAAUAUAUGAAAACUUAAAUAGUAAUAAAUAUACAAACAAAUUCAUAUGUAUGUAGUGAAUAUAAAUAUAAAUAGAUUAAUAAUUAUUAGGAUUGAUAGAAACAAAUAUGGAGUAAAUGAAUAUAUAUUGAACUUAGAUAAUAAUAAUGUUGAAUAUUCAUACUGUAUUUACUGAGCAGUAGUCAAAUAUGUAAUGUAAUAUAAUAUAAAUGUUUAAUAUUACGAACCCGGACUAAGCCGAUGUAACAUGCGAUUGAAGUAGGUGUUGACAUUCAAUUUCACGGCAACUGUUUCUGUGAUUUAUUUCAGGUACCGCUGCCGCAUGUAGAUUUAUGUGUAAGUCUUUUAAAAAAGAGUAGCAGUGGACAGAGCGUUGAUAUGUUGAAUAAAAAAAUAUGUUUAACAAUAAAUUAAGUGACAUGAUACUGAAUGCCAAUAAAAUAAGAGAUGAUAUGAGACACUAUUUAAAUAAUAUCAAUUAUUAUUAUUUAAUAAAUUUAUUUUCACUGAAUAUUUUGAAAUUUUAAAUGUUUUAUGUUUGAAUAAUUACCUGUAAUAUAAUAAUAAUGAAUAACAAUA